AUGAUAUUGGUAUUUGGGUUCUUGAUCCAGGCAACUUAUGUUGCAGUAGCAACAGCACAAAAUACCACAACCUCUUUUAACCAAAAUCAAACAGCCAUCCCUGGCUCAGAAGUUCUCCCACCUAAUUGUUCAACUGGAAAUGAUCGUUUAAAUUUAGGGUGCAUUGAUAAUUCCCUAAGAAGCAAUCAGUCAUCACUUGUCCAGCUUUUUGUAGUAACUUCCCUUUCAGGGUUGUGGAUAUUAUACUUAGCUUAUUACAACUCAAGGUUUUUCGGACUUGUAUUAACUAAGGUCAUCAACCAGUUUUACAAAGAUGCGUAUAUCAAAAUUGGAUCUUUCUCAUUUUCUGUGCUUUCUGGGAAGCUUAUGUUCCGAGAGGUUUAUUACAUCACAACAGAUUACUCACUGAGGAUUGAUGAUGGUUAUUGUAUAUUUAGAUGGUGGAGACCAUACGAAGUUAGCUCAUGGCAAAAGCAAAAAGACUUAAGCCAAGGUCACACGAGGUUAAGCGUUGUCAUAUCUAACAUUCGGUUUCAUGUUUAUAAUCGGAAUGCGGUUUAUGCAAGAUUACAGACCCUAUUUGCAGAUAAGACUUCCCAGAAAUCCAUGAAAGAAACUUCCAAACGUCCGAAGCGUACGUCAACCUCCACUAACCCCACACCCCAAACCCCAACAGUGGGCGAUGAAAUUGUUUGGUGGAGACGCUUGUUCCCUGUUAUCAAAUGCACCAUCUCACAUGGGAGAAUAUCAUUCGGAAACAAGUACUUGCCAAAUACAUUGGUUGUUUCAUUUGGAGAGGGAGACUUUCAAUACAAAACAACUGAAGCCAGCAACCCAUAUGAUAUCUUCAUGCAUGCAUUAGAAGGCACCAUGGGUUCAUUACGACUCAUGUUGGUGCCCAGUUUAGGUUACGAUCCUUCAUUUAAUCCUCCAAUGUUGGGAAUACUUCCAAUACAUAAUGAACCACCACCAAGGAAAAUGGGUGAGGGAUAUGUUAUCGUGAGGUCCAACGAUGUGGACGUCACUUUUCUUAUAGAUGAGCCAGGAAAAGUACAAAGUGAGCCACUCCCCCAGAGCAAAGAAACAUCAGAUACAAAUGAGAGUGGUGACCCUAUAUGGGAGAUUGUGCUUAGGUUUGGUAAAAGGUCAAGUUUAAAUUAUGGACCAUGGGCAGACAGGCAACGUGAGCUAAUAUGGAAGUUUUUCUACCCUCCUGACUUUCAACCACUAGAGGUCACAAAAGCAGCCAAAGCUGGAGAACUACGAAUGGCCAAAUCAAUGAGGGUAACGGCAAACUUGCUGAAAGAAGCAGAAAUAGAUAUUUUAUUCACUAAAGACGAUGAAAUUAAUGCAAUGCAUCUUAAUGUGUCUAAGGGUUCAUUCAUCGAUGUUGACAUACCAACAGUUACAACUUCUACUGGUUACACUUCUCACAUUUGGGGUCAGUUCCUCUUUUUGGACACCACCACAAGCAUGCAGUAUCGAAAUUUAUUAAAAGCAGAGACCCUUCAUUUUGAUAUCAAGUCACAUUACCCCAUUACAUGGAAUGCACCACAAUCUUGGAAAUGUGAAGUUACUGUGACAAAGGCAUCAAUUGGCCUCGUCUUCGCACAUAAGGACUUCAUCUCAGAUCUUAUGGAUGACUGGUCCUCCAAAUCAUCACCUGAUCUUCUUGCGUUUGUCCCGUACACUUUUGCUUUUCAAUUUAAACUCCGAGAAUUUGAACUCAUUCUCCCUUCUAACCCACACAACUGGAUGGACUGCUAUACCAAAGCAAAAGAAAAUGCAUAUGUUGGUAUUUAUGGUCGGGAACUUUCCAUUGGCUUUGACCUUCCAUUUGAUGAUUUCCUUCCACUUACUUUCUCCAUCCCAUUCAAGUUCAAUCUUCAUCAAGCGGAACUUUGUAUUUUCCUCCCCGAGACAAACACAUCACGUCAUAUGUUGCUAAACCUUGCUGCCGGUCAAAGUGAAUGGACAGCAGGCACCCCCACCCAGGAUGACCCAGCAAGCAGACCCCACUUAAUAUCGAAGGUUGGAACAUGGGGCCUUAUUGACCCCAAUGAGUGGGUAAAGUGCUGGGAAGUCCCAAGUUUGAAGCUGACCCUCACUUACACAUGGCACCCUAUUGUUGUCACACAUCAGAGCAAACCGUUUUCCACCCGAGGAAAGCAAAGUAUCCUUAAACAGUCCUCCCAUUCAAAUGUAUCCACUCCUGAACUUGAAGAAAGAAAAUCUUUCAGCCACUCACAAAAAAAACCAAGUGUCAAAGGUCGCGUGAAAACCACCGUGACCUUUGACCCCACCUCAAUGGAGUCAGACGAGAUACGUAUUGACCUUGAAAUGACCCCAGGUUCUACUUUAUACUUGUAUGGCUCACUGCUUGAUCUCUUCUUAGCUAUAAAGGAAAAUUAUUUUGGUUGCGAUGACAUGUAUACUGACUUUGCAUCACCACCUAGUGGUUCAGUUAUUGAAGAUAAAACAACAUGUCAAAGUACAGAUGUCAAUCUCCUACAAUACAGACCACUGCAAGUAACUCUUGAUGUGAAUCUUCAUGAUAUAAACGGGGUGCUUCCUAUACAUUACAAUGCAAUGUAUAAAGGGCCACCCACAGUAAAACUGAACUUACUUAAAUUUGAAAUGGACAAAAAUUAUCACCAGACUAGACUGCAGCUUCUGCUGUCAAAUCUUGAAAUUGAGUUGAACGACAAAAUCUCUGGGAUUGAUGGCCCACCACUCGGGGGUGCCGAAGGUCGCAUCAGUUUACCCGAUCUCCAGUUACGAGGGCAUGCAAUGUUCAGUGGAGCUGGACUACCUCUCGGAGCAACUACAAUUGAAUAUGGUUGGCUUACUGAGAUAUUAGUCGGACCAAUUAAAGGGAAACUCACAAUACCACAGGUUCAUGCACUUGCUGGUUGGGCCAAGAAUUUCGUCUUUUUGUUGAAAAAUGAAGAUCACAAAUUUCGGAGCCCGAAUCCCAAUCGAUAUCUUCCCACUGGUAUUGUGUGGGACUUCACAAAAAAGAACGGAAAGCCCAUUGACGAACUAGAUGUCAAAUAUGCGAUGAACCGAAUCAGAAUUGAGUCCCUACAUCUCCUCGUCGAGGAGCAGGACUCAAUUUUUGAUCUUCUUGUUGCCCCGGUAACCGUAACCAACGGCAACGUACAGAAUGUCGGAAUUUCUGAAGCUUCGACAAUUGUGGCCGAAGACGUGAAGCUAAAACACAGGAUUUCUAUGGGAGCAAAAUCACCGCCUCAUGUGAUGGAAUGGAUGGAUGCAGGAGAGGUGUCGUUUGGUCCGCUCAUCACGCAGAUCACUGAGGCCACAGAGGAUAGAGAGCUUUAUGGAUUCCAAGAUGAGUUUCUUCGAUUUCACGAUCGGAAAACUCGUAGAUUGGAUUUUCUGUGGGAUUUUGACCAAGUUGAUUCAUCUUCCAACCGUCGUAAGAUGUCCGCAAAACUAAAUUCUCUGCUUGAGAACGUGCGUACCAUGAAAUCAUGGGGAUGUGCCUUCUUCACUGCACUUACAACAAAACACCCAACGUUUUAUUACGACAACGAAAUUUCCAAAGAAAAACGAUAUCGCCACCAAACUGGUCGUGAAAACACGGAAGAAACGCAUUGUGAUGUCACUGAUGGACAGUCCUUAGAUGAUGAAGAGGACGUAUUUGAUCUUCAGAUGGAUUUCGGGAUGAGCUUGCUGCAGUCUGGGAAGAAGGUCCUUACUCGCUCCCGUACCUCCACUGUGAACAAAUCAACCUCCUCCCAAGCAGAAGACACAUUUAAGACAAAUGUCCUCAAAAACAAAAGUCGUCCGAUCCUGAAGAAACUUGAAACAGUGGAGAAAGCAGAUGCCGGGUUUGUUUUGAUGAACUACGACCCAACUAAGGAUCUGAAACCUCAGAAGUCAGUGAGCAUGCAGGUAUCGGCACGUCCCAAGCUCGUGAAAAUGAAGUCUUUAUACUCCGAUGAUGCCGCAAUGCAGAGAGCUGUUUCUACAGAAUCGAAUCUUUUCCAAUCUGCUGAAUCCGAUUUUAAAAGCUCUACUUCCCUCAGUUCCGAUACUUACUUUUCCGCUGACUCCGAUAUCCAGGACAACAAUUCUCAAAUGAAAGCUACAGCAUCUGAUUCCUCGGUCGAUUUCCCUACAAACAAACCAACCACAAAUACAAGCAAUGUAGAAGUCCAACGACCCCACACUUUAUUCAUUGAAGAGCAAAACAAACCUCAGUAUCCACCAACUGAAGAAAGCAAUCCAACUGUUGACAGAAAUGAAUCCACCUCACGAAAAACACAAAAACCGAACCUCUUAACAGAUAAUGAGCAGUUACUGGCUUGUUAUAAAAACUUUCUCCCAAUUUCCACAGCCAGAGUAAAAGAUGAUGAGCAUCCAUAUCUUUGGAUGAAAGAGUUUGACAUCGUGAAGGACGGCAUUCACCCAUCUAUAGUUAUCGAUAAAGGCGACAGCGAGUAUAAAUAUUCACGCCGGUAUUCCAUGGAUGUAUUGGAUCAGAAUGACGUCACAAAGAACAGUUGCACUAAUGUUAAACUACAUAUUAAAGAUUCAAUUGACGUUCAAGUGUCUCCUUUUCUACUGGAGUCGUUGACAAAAGUUGUCAACACGACAAGUCAAAUUAUUGCGGCGGAACACCCUCUGUCUCUGUUGGACCAAAUAACUCAUUCCUGCGUCAAUGAUGCUGUAAAGAAAUAUGAGGAUGAAAAAUCUGACCCUGAUGUUCCAAAAGAUGAGCCAAUUAGUGAAGUUGGUUUUAGGUUUCAAAUAUGUAUGGACUUUGUUCGAAUCAAUGUGAUUCAAGCUACCCUUGGUCAGGAUUCUGUGUUCAAUCUACAACUUAAUAAACUAUCACCUUGUCCUUGUGUUUCUAUCCUAACAUUAAGACUUGAUAAAGUGGAAUUGGAAGUGGAUUCGAAGCUUACGAAGGAAAUAAAGAAGAUGAGAUCUAGUCAUCCAAGUAGAACUUCCUCCAAUGAUGGAAAUGAUGAUGGGAAACAGGAGGAUAGCAUCAUCACGACUUCCUCAUCUCCAUCUUCCAUGUUUAUUGACUUUAUGGGAAAAACUUCCGUUCACUCGGUGGUGUGCCAGCUCCGUACUAUGAGUUUGAACGGAGCAACGCCUGUGCGUACGAGCGUGACCGCGCUGUGCGACGAUGCAUGUCAUGCUCCAUUUCACUUCGAUCCAAAAGUGAUGCUUCCUUUGGUGAAGGAGUCAAUUGACAAGCAUAAUGAAAAUAAGGACAAAUGGUCUCAGAAAGCUCCACCAAAGCCUUGGGGUUGGGUUAUGAUAGAAGGAGGAAUAAAAAGAUUAAAAUCUGAUUUCGUGAAAAAAAUUCCCACAAGCACCUCAUGCACAAGUGAUAAUCUUCCUGAUAUCGUGAAUGAAGCACAAAGCAUGUCUUCCACCAAACGACCAUCAGCGGAACAUGCGUGUCAUGGUGAGCUCACUAUCGACCUCUUGUGGUUGAAUGUGGUCUCCCCGCUUCAUUCUACUGGUCGGUUAAUCCGAACAUGGAACCUUCUAACCACAAUUGGCCCGAGUGUUUCCGCAUGGUUGGGUCCAGCCGAUCAGCUAGGCAGUGCUUUAGAGCUCUUUGAGAAAACGUCGCAAAAACGAAAUUUUGCGGCUAUGACAUCCUUGCUUACUGUUGCUUUGGAAACUGCCACAAAUGAUCGUGCUGUUGCAAAGAACUUGUGCGAACUUACUAAUCAUAAACAUGAUGUGCUAGAGGAUGUUUCAAAGUUUAUAAGAAACAACCCAAGCUACCUUCUAUGCACCGCCCUACACAAGUUUCUGCGAGAUUCUGAUCAUGUGACCACCAUUCGAGGGGCCGUGUCCGACAAUAGGGAAAUUCCUGCUCCCGUCACCCUUGAAAAAGGUUUCUUGAUUCUGAUUGGUCAAUGGUCCGAACUAAUGACGAGCUUAAAAAAUGAGGCAUCUGGAGUAAAAAAUCGAAGAAAAAGGAUUUCCUCUGCUCCUUUACCUAUGAGGCAAGAACACAGGAUCGUGACAGGUACUUCAAUAAAGUACGACGGCAACUUGGAUAUCGUGAUGUUUUCUGAAAAACCUCUCGACCCGGAAGCUCCAACCAUGGAUGACAAACCUGAUGAAGAAGAUAUUCAAAUAUUGGAAGAAGAAGAAACUCUUCAACUAGGAGUGGAUGAAACUUUGCAAAUGGAAAAUCUGGAGAAACAACAUUUGGUGUCCCCAGGUUCUGCUGGCAGUCCAGUGAGUCCGAUAGACAAACAUAUAAAUGAACGAGCAAAACUUAUGCAAGGGAGCGAUGUAUUUUAUGAUCAACAGCAUAACAUGUACAGUUGGAUGCAAGGUCAGAAGCCAAGUUCAGAUCCCAAAGAUGAAACAGUUACAUCACCUGCUCCUAAUGAAAGCAUGAACUUUGGUCCUGAAAUAAAGGAAGCCGACCCUGACAUGACUAUUGACACAUUGAUUCAGAACAUACAGAAGCUCGAAUUUUCAGUGGAUAAGCUGUCCAAGUAUCAGGAAAUGUUUUCUGGUUUUCUGACCAACGCUGGUGCCUCAAUAACUGAAGUGGAAAAAUCCUCAAGUUUUGUUCAAUCUCAAUGUCUUGGUAGUCUUGCUGUUGAUGCACACCUGUUUAAUCUACGUGUUGACCAACAGCAACCUGAUCGUCUGUACACCCGUGAACUAAGAAGUCGUAGAAAGAGAAGAGAACCAUCUCGUCGUUACAAAUCAAGGCAGUCAAACAAGUCAUUCAGUCAAUCAAAGUCAGCAAUUCUGUUAUUUCAAGGAUUUUGUUUUAAUUCUUCAAUAAUUGAUACGGCUGUGGUUAAUGUUGAAGACAGUAACGCUGCCGAAACCAAAGAGAAAAAGUCUGUAAACAAAAAUAGGAACAACAAUAAAAAAGAGAAAAAUGUUGGCUGGCUAGAAGAAAAGAAAAUUGAAAAAAGAUCAACAAUGAACGUAACACUUGAAUGUUCAGUGGAUUCCGUGAGACAACGUGUCGACAUUGCACUUGUCCGAUUAAUUCAUCAGUUUAUUCAAUGCUCUGAUGCUAUACAACAAGCAAGAACAUUAAUACUGGUGAACAAAUACACUGAAGGUUCAAUAUCUCCUGAUCCCCUCAUCACACAUAGAAAAACUGUGUCUAAUGUAUCAAGUGCAAGUGCUAACAGCUCAUUUGCAGACUACGAACGUCGUGUGAUAACACGUCGGCACACCUCCCCUGUUCCCGAGAACACCAGGCACCCUACGUUUGAUACAGGAUCUAUUUUGUCAUCGUCAACUGAGAGUGAAUCAUUAGCAAGGUGUUGGCAGAUAUUGUACAAGCUUGUUGACUUGUACAGCAUUGACCCCGACCUCAACCUACCACCUCAUACACUGGUGGCUAAGAGACAAGAUGAAUUUCGUGUCGAAUCGGAACGAAACAUCUAUGGAAGUUCCAUCUCUCAACAUGGUCUUCUGAGUGGUGAUUAUGUUCCUUAUGUGGCAAUGGUUGUCACAGCAACAGCAACUAUAAAUGAGUUUCAACUUCUGGCUGAAGUUGGCGAGCUUCACUUGUCUGUAUCGCUUUGCCAACUCUCGGCAAAUGCUUUCCAUAAACAAACAUCUGUGAGGUUAUUCAAGCGUGAAGGAAGCUCAUCCAUGCACGUCAGUUUAGCGAAGGUCCAUGGUGAUGUCACAGAGCAUUCAAAUCAGUUGAAAAAGGUGAUCCUCACAUGCGGCGUCGGUUCAUGCACCCUUGAUGCUUCAACCGAUCACCAACGAGAUAGCGACGAGGGUAACAAAUGCUCGACUGUGAUUGGUCGAAUCGUGUUAAACCUCCCUCAGCACCCCGCUUCACUUCAUGAUGUCGUUUCACGAGGAACGCGACAUCUAUCAAGUCAUAUCAUGGAAUUUUCACAAACCCCUACUUACAGAACAUUUGACACAGUUGAUGGAAUGGGUCCAGGGUAUCCCCCUGCCACCCCAUCAAAUACUGGCAUACCCAUGACCCCAAUGACCCCGAGUGCCAUCACAGCAUUCAUAGAUCUCUCACAAGCUUCAUCUGAAACAAACAACACACCAGUUAUUGCUAAUUUCUCACUGGAAGCAGAGGGUAUCGAGAUCGGGGCCAGUCUCCUCCCUUCACUAAGAGCCGAGUAUUCAACGGGAAUAAUCACUGGGAAGGGAAAGAUUGGUCCCGAAGCUGAGUUUUCUGUGGUGAUGCCUAAACACUCACUCUACUUUCAUUCAGAGAGCACCCCCUCAAACGACAUCUCCCCAGUAUCCACGGGGAUCGAACUUCCACAAAUCAGCGCAGAGGGAGAAUCCAAGCAUCAUAAUCUUUAUGAUGUCACAAAUGAUGACACGUCCGGUUAUGGAGAUGCUGGUUUACAGAUGAAGGAAGGCGAUUAUAUGUCGAUAACCAUCAGGAUGGGAAGUUUUGAACACACGCUUACCACCGAUCUUCUUAAUCAACUCAUUUUCUUACAAGAAGUGUUCAUGAGUGAGGUUAAUGACGUGAUUAAGAAACUUUCAAAAGAUCAGAUUGCGACAUCCGUGUGGUCGGAAAGUAGUCUCAGAUCAGUGGAAUCAACGCAAAGCAAACCCAUGUUGUAUCAGCUUGAACUUCAACUUGAUGGAAUUCAAAUCACGGCAACAACUGCUUCAAGCAACGCUGUUCGGUUAAAAACUGGGAAGAUGGUUUUCGAAUUAUCCAAUCGGGUGAUCAGGGCGGAACCUGGCAAAAAAAUAAAGAGCCUGCACAAGUAUCUCAAGUUAUUUGGUAAAGCCCAAGUUGACUUGACUCUUUCACUUGGGACGUUGAUGGCAAACAAUGUCUACCAGGAGGCUGAGGCAGAGUUCCAGCAGAUGGCGUACUUCACAACGAGAAUUGGGCUGCAGAACACAUCACAGCAAGCACAUGAUGGCGCCACAUACACACACAAAUCGAGCAAAUCGUCGAAAAGUGAAAAUCUUCAAGUUCCACCUUCAUCCAGUUUUACUCCGGAAGAUCAGAUGGAGGACAACAACAUCAUCCUCAUCAGUUUGUCACGUCCUAUAUUUUUUGUGCAACCAACUGCAUUCGAUAAAGCCAUUUUGUUGUUCCUUGCGUACAAGAACGCAUAUGAUGAUUGGACGGAGAAGCGAGCGGAUCUUCACGAGGAAGUGAGGCACGCAACUCAAGAGGUUGUUGGAGCUAUUCAUGCACGACGAAUGAUGAACGCAUCAUCGAACACGGUCGCCGUUAGCAACUUAUUCCUCCAACUAUCAGUACAUGACCUUGGUAUAUGCUUGCCUGUUGCUCAGGAUACCAACUCAUAUGAUAUUUCAACUCAAGAAGAACUUUCUUCUGCCCUUGUGUUAACAGUGGACAAUACAUUGAUCAGUGCAUGUUAUGCAAAGUCCUUGGUCACGCGUGGUAACUUCAAAGGCUUCUGUCUUCGUUUUACAGAUGAUUUUCAAACUUCUUGGGAUGAUUGGAACCCAGGGUGUAUGGGAUCUAAGAAUGUGGUCAUGAAUUCGUUCCUUGUACCUGCUGGUACUUAUGAGAUUUGCACAGACACAACAAGCUACCAAAUUCACACUGAUUCAGGCAUGGUGCCCACCGCACGAACCACUGUGAACAUAGUGUGGCAGAUGGACGGGGUGGAUCUUGAGAUCGACACGAAGAUCGGGGCUUACUUAACCCACCUAGUGGAAACUUUGACAGUAAUAACGGGAGACGAUGCGAGCUUACGUCGCGAUUCUUCUGAAUCGGAUAGGUUGAAUUAUGAUUCUGUGAUGGGUAGUUUGAGUGAGUUAGAUGGAACGGGAUUAGAGGACACAGUGGAUGGAGGGGUGGAGAUGAGACAGAUGGAUGAUCUUCCUUCAUCACAUAAGGAACUAACGCAGCGAGAAAAGACAAAGAAAUUGGAGCAAGAAUUAAAUGAACAGGUUCGAGUAGUGAAUGAUCUCAAAUCCCUCGGAGCAAAACCAGCGUUGAUCGAAGAGCAAGUGAGGAAACUCCACACACUAGAGGUCGCCCUUUCAUCAAUCUUUCGACAAACUUUCCGAAACAAACUUCGUCGUUCAAGCACCAAGCAAGCAUCGUCAAGCUUUAAAAGACCUGGUCACCGCAGAUCAAUGUCAACUGCAGUUGGCAGCAGAAAUCUACCACCCCCAAAAUCUGCGCAGUCCGCCUUCUCCACAUUGCCACCCAGUGUUAAACACAAUUUACUUGGUGACUCUAGCCCCACCGCGUGGAACUUCCCUCUGAAACAGAAUGUUGAAUACAAAGAAGUUUUUAGUCCCCAACCCCCACAUGCUAUGAAAGAUAUCUCAUCAUCUGAUACUUCAUCUGCUGAUUAUGAUAUUUCCGAGGAUGAAGUCGACGGGGGUAAAACUCAUGGAGCGCGACGCUCACUCUACCUUGACGACUCGAUGGAUGGGUCACAUGAUCUAACGCAUGACCGAAUAUCAUUAACGCAACCACAAAAUAUCUCCCACAUGACGACAGCGGGUAUAGAAGCUGACCUUGAGUUAACCCUGGAUAUCAGGGUUGAAAUACAAGGUGGUAAGAUCGUGUGUCAUCCAACCAAGCCAUCGGACCCUUCGAGCUUAUCCAGUCAAGCACGACCGAAACCAAGUGAUCAUGUGACCGUGGCAAACAACACGACCUUCUUUAUUCCUGGGGUCGAGGUCAAAGUUCAUUAUAAUUCAGAAAGUCGAGAAACGACAAAACAAACGCCCGACUCUCCACAGACUCAACCCGGAGGUUCGAAGAUCCCCCACAUCCAGAUCAACUCUCCUCCUCAUUCCUCUCACAUCAAAUCUCAUCCAGGAUCACGAAGAGCUUGUGUGUACACGUGGUUCUCCAUCCAAUCUCUUCCCGAGAUGAUCAUCAGUCCUUGCUUCCUGGACUUCCUGGAGCAAACUUUUGAUGCGGUUCCCGUCACUCCAACUCUUCGAGGAUCAAGGAAUCCAUCCCAGAAGACAAAUGAUUCGUUUGACUCUUCAUCCGAAGAUGAUGCAGACAUGGACAUCGGAGCUGUUGAAGUAUUCAACACAACCAUGGCUGCUUUACCAGUAGAUGUAGUUGUGUAUGUUCAUGUACAACCAUCACAGGUUUUCUUUAAUUGCCAACCCAUGUCCCGAGUAGAAUGUUUGCUUCACGUGCCAAGUUUAGAUCUUGUAUUCAGCAGCAUAGGUGGUUCAGCAUUACAAACUUCCCCAACCAACACAACAGCAUUCACUUAUCCAGAUAAAGACACUGACAAGUUUCACAACUUCUCAACUCAGAACAUUAAUGAUCAAACACAAGGUUCCACGUUUCCAAACGGCAUCAGCUUCACAGCAAUAAUGUCGGAUUUCUCCCUGUAUGUUUUCCACCCAUAUGGAACACAACAGUCUGUGGGCAUCGAUAUCUCACACAACCCAAACCCUGCAAGGAAAGAUUCUCUCAGUAUUAACUUGGAAGUGGUUAAGAUCAACAUAGUUCGAACAAGACGAGGAAAUGUAAAUCUUGAUGCGAGUCAAUCGGGUGUGAAAUUAACCGAUCAACAAAAAGUUUUCAUUCAUUUGUCAGCUUUGUUAGAUAUCGGAAAAGCUUCAUUUAAAUAUGACAUGAGAAGACUUAGUGAGAUCCUUGCUUUCCCAAGAGCUUGGUACAGGAAAAGUAUCGCUAGGAGAAUUUUCUUUGGAGAUGCUGCUUCAACUAAUAAGCCAAAAGAGGAAGAAACAAAGAGAGCAAGCUCAUUUUUAAACCAAGAUCCGCUUGUUUCUCCAAAACGUAGAUUUGCUUCUCAUACAUCUACCGCCACCAAUGACAAACAAACAGAAGAAGAAGGUAGCAAGGUGUGGCAAGGUGUUGUGUUGUUUGGUCUACGAAUGUCACGUCUCGAUGUGGAAAUGAACAUGAGUAAUGUGAUGGGACACACAGUGUGGUCAUGUGAUGAACUCAAAACCAAUGGAAAGUUAAACAUACACAGCGGUGGAGAUAAGAAUGUCUUUCUCUCAUGUGGAUUAAAAAACUCGCAAUUAUCAGCAAGAGGAGGAAUUAUUGGUGGACAGAUUGAACUGCAGGAGUUACAUGCCAAUUGCCACUUAAUGGACCCAGAAGGCAAAGAUCCGCUUCACAAAAUCCUGGUGAAAAUGCACUCACUAGAUGGCAGGAUAGAGUACAUGGGAAGUUGUGUGAUGAUGGGACGAUUGACAUCUGUCAAUCUUAAGUUAAGUGAUGAAUGGAAAGGACCCAAACUAAGCAUCCCAACAAGUAUUGAGAAAAGUGCUGUGUUUGUACCUGGAAACUUUGGUUGGGAUUCCUUCUGUCUAACUAUCUCACGUUCCACCACACCUGAUGUUAUUAAGAUGCUUUCAAAACUUGAGGAGUUUUUCACUCAGCAGUUUCAGAACUCGGUCCGUGCGUUCACUUCGUGGCGCCAUAGUGGCCACUUGGGUGCGCCAGUGAGGAGGCAGCUGUCCGUUACCACACCUCAAGUCACAUACUCUCAUCGUCGUCACUGGCCCCCGGUGUACACGGCGAUCAGCGACACUUUUCGAGCACUAGGUGUCGCCGCAAACCCACAAUUCCUCCUCGGAGGAUCCAUGUGUCUCCACGGCAACGAGCUUACUGUGGUCUGCUUCCAUGGAUCCAACUUCAGAUCAAAGUCGUGGGUCCUCUUCAACAUCCUCGAACCAAACAUCGUCUUCUCCACAGAAGUCCAGCAGAUUAAAGAAUCUGUUCGUGGAAACGAAACCUCCACGCUUGCUAUUCAAAGUUUGACCUUUAACCUCGGUCAUGACCACUGGUUGAAGACAGGUGGCCCCUCCACUGACCCCAUGGCAACUGUCAGUCGUGUGACGAGGUCACGGCACCAAAACCCACCCCCAAGUGCCGCGUCACUUGACGAAUGGUUUGCUUAUGUCACAGCUUCGCACAACCAAGAACUCACAAUGCUUCGAACAUUAAACGAUAUCCGGCCGAGUGACAUGGGAGUCGGAGGGUCACCAGCAGGUGGAGGUAGACGCCAUCACUCAAGUUCGAGCCAAGCAAGCUACAAUCACGAUACAGAUAUAAUAUUCGCGUUACCCAAACUCCAGUUGGAUUUUAAAAGUGAACACAUGCAGGGACCAAAUGAACCAUCUACGUCUGCAGAAACAGAAAACAAACCGAUUGUAGAAUGUAGUUUUGUGACUGAAUUCACCGAUCACAUAUGUGUAACUAUGGAUGUUGAACUUAUUAUGUUUCUGCAUGAUCUUGUUUCUUCUUAUCUCAAGGAGAAACAAAUAGCAUUAUCGAGUCGUACGCGCAUUACAUCAGUUGGAGGACUGGCAGGAUCACAACCUACUGAUCAUGUGACCACCAUUGAUCCAAUAGAUUUACGAGAAUUCGUGUGCAACACAUGGCAACUUGAACCAACUGUCAGGUUAAUAUCUUGGGCUGGUCGUCGCAUUGAACCAGUUGGUGUGGACUACAUCCUGCAGAAACUUGGGUUCAGUCACGCCAGAACAACCAUUCCAAAAUGGUUUCAACGUGGCGUGCUGGACUUGCUGGAUCAAAUUAUUGCUGUGAUUGUUCAAAACUUAGUUGUGACGGUAACGAAGCAAAAGCACAAGUAAUAACCUUGCACCAGUGUUUAGCACCGAGCAAUGACGUGCUUUUCCACUUUUUUUAAUUCUUGCACAUUUCAACUUUAAGGUACAUAACUGAGGUACUAUGACAUGACAAAAACCACUGAUUAUCCUAUUACAAUACUGAAAACUGUGCCAGCACUCCUGAAUACAGUUUAAACUGCUUCAUUUUAAACUGAGUUCUGAGCAAAACAAGUCAACAUUCCCAACAGCCUGUGAUACUAACGGUGCACUUUUUUUUCAAAGCGUUUUAUUGUUUUACGUUUCUUCUCCUACACCCGUUUAAUUGUGUGCUGCUUUUAAUAUCCAUCACCAUGUUUUAUUUCCGCUGAUGUGCGCACUGCUUUGUUUAAAUAAACUUUGUAAUUGUAGAGC